CCACGAUUACUACACGGUUCGUCAUUUGCCUCAUUUCGCCGCGAGGAAAUAUCCGUGCUCCGUAUUUGACAUGCUCAAGUGGCUGUGCGGCCUCACUUCCAGUACCGUCUACAACGACCUAACACUCAACGGCUUCGAUGUGCUGUUUGAGAAAGACGAAAAAGAGACGGAGGCUGUAACUGAUUUCGUUGUUGUGGAAGCCAAGCCCCCCUCUCUGUCGGCAUACCCGUAUGACAUCACUUCUCGUAUAUUAAGCGGUGAACUGGCAGAGGUUUGCCACUACUCGCAGGACGUGCUCACCUGUCUGCUUGGCAAUGGUCACGCCGAUGGCAUCUACGCUUGUGAGUUCAAUACCAACUACGACGGGUUCAUGUAUCCCGGUAAUAUGGACACGUUAUUGUGUAUGUUGCGUGAGAUUGUAAACCGCGUGUACCUUCAGCUGCACUUCCUAUUCCAACAGUGUCAGUACGGCACUUCGCUGAGCGGUUGGCUGGAAUGUGAGUACGGUAGAGACGUCGGCGGCUCGUCAUGGCAGUGCAAUACCAACCAAUGUGCUGAACAAAAGUGCAAGCAAAUAGCUGACCAAAAGAGGAACCAAAACUGUAAGUUACACCCUAAGUGCGGAGUAAAAUCGCCAUUGCAAUCCUUCCUUGAAGACGGUCUCCAGGGCUUCUUGCCGCAUCAAAUCAAAUAUGAAAAAGGCAAACUGGAGUGCAACGUUAAGUCUCAUGCCGGCAUACAGUGUAUCACGCCGAUGGGCUUUGCCGACAUCAGUCACGUUGCUUCCCUUACGCAAACAGGGCACCGCAUCGCGGAUGUGCUUGCUGGCUUCUGCGGCAAUCAGAUGUCUCCUCUGGCUAAGAUGUGCAGUCUACUGAAUUGCGCUAUUCUCAGUGCGCCGAAAACACUGGGUGAGAUGUUCGCAUUUUAUUACGGGUUCCUUGAUGGGUACUAUGAUGGAAAUACGAAACGCAUGAAACAUCGGGAACUGCCUUAUGCGGAAGCUGUAAAAGAUGCCAAUUUCAAAAACGACAACAACAGAUUGGACAUUACGUCGAUGUUCAAGAGCUCUUCUCAUGAAUCCGUUCCUGCGUCUACCCAUACCAACGGUGACCUGUUCUCCCUUGUUGGCUGCAAUCCGAAGCAGAAUCCAAUCUUCCCCUGUGGACCGUAUUUGCAAUCUUUAUCAUUAUCUAUUCAUUGCAUGUUUUCUGAAAAUCACGCUGAUAAAUAUUUGUCUUGGAUCGUUUACAUCACGGAGACUUUUUACGACCUGUUGAAGAAACUGUAUGACGACUGCUGUGGAACCUGCAAGAAGCCUGGUAGCAGGUGCUAUGAAAAAUGCUGUACUGAAGGAUGCGAAGUAAAAAAGGCAUAUGAAGCAAUAGAGUCAAAGAGUGAUAACACUGAUGCAAAGAAACUCGACGGCAAGAAUCACGACAAAAAUUGCAAGUCAAUAGUACAGUGCCGCAACACACAUCCUAAUCUGUAUAAAUACGGUUUCACAUUCGGCAAUCCAUUGGGUCUCAGUGGCAUCGCAAAUAAUAUAGCUACGCAGAGGACGUGCAAAGAUUUCUGUGAAGCGUUGAAAUUGAUGCUUGGUGAGAAAUCUCUGCUUAUUGAAUUACGCAAGCAAAUCGAUCAAUUCUUGUGGGAUAUUAGAACAAAUUUCUCAAUCACCGUAUUAGCCCUCUGGCUCCUCUCCUUCCUCUACCUCCUCCACAUCAUGGUCAUCCGCCUCGACCUGCUCCACAUCAAAUCGCAUCUACAUAGUCCCUCAUCGCAUCGCAUAGCUGCUCAAUCACUACUCGCUGCUGCACGUGUUAACAAGCUUAACAGGGUGUUUUACCUGCAACCGUAA